AUGCUGAAAACAGCGAAAGCAUUUUCAGCAGUGGAAAAGUUAAUGGAGACCCUAGGCAGCAUUGAUCCAUCUGCACUCUGUGGUUCUUUGGAUAAUUAUGGAAGCAGUGGAGGGAGCAGCAUUAUGGAUACAUCCACCAGUAACCUGGGUAGCUCCAUCACCGCUUGUAAGAAGGUACUGUGCACCAAUCGUCCAGCUGAGUCAUUAGACUACUGGCUACAGAACCCCAAGAACCUGUGCCAGAUUGUGCUGGCAGAAGAGAAGUCAGAAGCCCACUGCACAUCUAUUUGCUUUGUAAAUCUCAGUGUUACCAAUAAGGAUCCAAGUCAGGAAGACUUACAGAAGAAGUUGGUGGAUGUCUCACCUGACCUACCUAAGCUGAUGAGUUCUGUGAAGGCCCAGGAACUGAAAGAGAAUGAGAUUGUAUUGCUUAGUGGACUAUCAACCGGGAGACUAUGUCACGGAACUGAAUCACCACAAGCGCCCUGGUCGGGUGAAGUCUGCCUGCUGCAGUGUGCAAAGACUUCAAGCGAAAGCACUUCCUGCUGUAUCAUCUUGGAGCUGAAUAAGUUCCUUCUAGGACUGGAGCUGGUGCAGGAGAAUCGUCUGCUGCCCAGCUCUUCCCCAUUACGUGCCGAGGAUGACACCAACUGUUCUGUGUCCUCUAUUGAGGAGGAUUUUCUGACGGCUUCUGAGCAACUGGAGGAGGACAGUGAUGAGGAGAACUACAGAAUUGACUCUUCAGAUAAUAACAAGAAAAUUAGACAAAAAGGAGAUGAAAAUAUUGAGAGCAAAAAGAGCAAAGUGACACUGGCUAGAAAAGCAGAGCAUUUAAGGAGGGGACAAGCAGUUGCUGAGAAUUAUGAAAUACAGGUGGAGACCACAGGAGUGGAGUCAAAUAGUGAGAAGCACCUACAAGGAACAGAGUUAGGGUAUCAUUCUCAUUUGAGGAGAUCAUCUCUUGGGAAAAUAGCUUAUGAAAGCAAACAGUGUAUUGUUGAAGUUGACAAGUCUUUCACUGAAAUGUGCAAAAUACAAGAUAAGGAAAGUCAAGAAAAAAAUGAUACCACGGAAACUUCUGAUGACCCAGCAACUACUGGCCAAUAUGCCACAAAUCUAGCAGAGUGUGUAUUGCAAGAUGCUUUUAUCAGACUGUCUCAGUCAGAGUCAACUUUCACCAAGGAGGCUGCUGUUAGUAUCUCAGCUAAUAACUCACUGCUAUCUGAGGCAGUAUCCAAAGAUGUUCCUGUAGCUUCCCGCUUAUGGAAUGAACUGCCCAAAAUUGUUAUUGUGCAGAGCCCAGACAGCUACGACAAUCCCACAGAUUGGACAGAAGAAUCCCACUGGCCAGUGCAAGAGAGCUUCCAGAAUGUAUCUAAACCUUGGCAAGAAGAGGACAAGUCUCUGGGCCAUACACAGAGCACUUUGGAAGUGGCCUUAGCUUGUGCUGCUUCAGUGAUUGGAACAAUAUCCAGUCCUCAUACGGCUGAGAGAAUAAAGAUGGAACAAGAGGGAUGUCUCCAAAUGGUAGAGAACGUAACUAGCGAGCAACAUCUUACUGAAAUACCAGGUUUCCAGGGCAUUUGUCUUAAGUCAGAGUAUUCAGUGCCAUCUGCAUUGUGUGGAAUGACUCAGGUGGCAAGUGCAGUAGCUGUGUGCGGGUUAGGAGAACAGAAACAAAUCUCUCAUCCUACCACAUCCAGUGGACUUUUGGCAGUUGCUGAUGCUUCAGCAGCAAUUACACUACACUGCAGUAUUGCACUGGGGAGUAGCAUGGAAAAACUGAAAGAAAGCAUUGCAAAGGUUUUGCUUAAGGAAGCAUCAGUGGUAUUGACCAGCCCCAGCGCCUAUAAGAAUGUUGGAGAGUUUAUAGAAUGUAUAAAUGAGAGGAUUAUAGAUAGUGUAAGCUCUUCCAAACUGGCACAGGUGGAAGAUGUUGUUACAGAUGAUCUAGCUCAUAAUCUGUCAGAUGCCAUUUUGAGACAUUCUGCAGAGGAAGCUAACCGGAGACUGGACAGAACAGACAAUCAGAACAGUACCAAGUCACAAAGUGCCUUUGUGGCAGCCACCACCAAUCUGUUAUUCAAUGUAAUGCAUUUCACCUGUCAAAAAAUGAGAGACCUUGCCCUGUCUGGAGAGCUCCCUUAUGACUAUCAAGAUGAGAAUAACAGAUCUACAGAUUCUGGGAGUGGUGAAAGUCAGCUGGACGACUUAACUGAUUUGACACUUUCUCCCCAGUCUUUGGUAAAGUGGAAUGGAAACCAAAUCUUCAAUACCAGCACUGAGCUGAAACACAAAUCUAAUGUAAAAAAUCUUUCACAAAUUGAAUUUACGGAGGGUAGUGCCUUUGCAACAGACUUGUGUUGCAGUAACAUCAGUGAAACACCACUGCAUCUUAGAACAACCUGUAGUAAACAACAGAAAAAAAGGGAAAGCUAUAGACUCCACCAUAAUGAAUACAAGACCUCCCCUGCCAGGGAAUCUAGUUUAACUUCAGACGACUGCAAAUCUAUUUUCCAAAGCCAAGGAUCCAUGGAACUAGGGGUAAAUUCAGGGAGCCAGGAAAAGCUUAUUUAUGAAGCACAUUUAUCCAAGGACUUCCCAAUGAAUUUGUCAUCAUUAAGUAGUUACAUGUUACAUCCAACUCAGGCUGUGGUUCCAGUGAAAUUGUUAGCAAAUAAUUACUUUUUAACAGACUUUGCAGAUGAUUUAGCUGAAACAGUUGUAUCUAUGGCCACUGAAAUGGCUGCCAUUUGUUUGGAUAAUUCAUGUGGAAAGCAGCCAUGGUUUUGUGCUUGGAAAAAUGGAAGUGAGUUCCUGGUAACACCAAGCAGAACUUUGAAGCGAAAGAAAGAAGCUGCCUCUGGUGGAGCAGUAGUAAGAAGACACAGACCCCCUCGGCUCAGUGAAAUCAAAAAGAAAACGGAUGAGCACCCUGAGCUGAAGGAACGGCUUAUGAACAGAGUUGUAGAUGAAUCUAUAAAUCUUGAAGAUGCACCUGAUUCUGUCAGCUCAUUUGCUAAUGAAGUAGCUUCAAGAAUCAUGAAUCUAACAGAGUCAUCUGUUGCAGAUGCACUGUGGCAAGGACAAAAUAUUUCACGAAACCGCUUGCACUGUGAAAGGUGGAAUAGAGGCAAAGCAUCUAGUUACGAGAGUAUCCCUGAGGAAGAUUCAGAUACUAAGAAUCUGAUCAAUACACUGGGCCCUGGGAACCUUUUAGGACAACCAUGCAGCAGGACAAGUUCAGUUUCCAAGCAGUCAAGUUGUGAAAGCAUAACAGAUGAGUUUUCAAGGUUCAUGGUAAACCAAAUGGAAAAUGAGGGAAGGGAAUUUGAGCUUCUGCUGGACUAUUAUGCUGGAAAGAAUGCAAAUAAUAUCAUUAACUGUGCAAUGCAACAGAUUUCCAGGAGAAACAGCCAUUUAAAUGUUAAAACUAGCUGCUUGUCCAAACAGUCAAGCACAGAGAGCAUAACAGAGGAAUUUUACCGGUAUAUGCUGAAGGAAAUAGACAAAGAAAACAAAGACAUAUCAAGCAGAAAGACUGCAGAGUGGACAAACAGUUUAAUGCCUCCUAACCACCGUGUACCAUUCUGUUUUCGUCAAUCUUCCAUGCCCUGUAAUAAAACUUCAAGUGCACGUUUAACCGUGAACACUCCAAUCAAAGCAAACUCUCUUGAUGGGUUUGCAAGGAGUAAUUCUCGUGAUUUCCUCCAAUUACAACCUGUCAGUGCCAUUUCAUCUUCAAACCUCUGUAAGUCAGACUCGUGCCUCUACCAAAGAUGCCAUACAGAUCAAGCAACUGAUAUGUUAAUACAUGAGACAUGGUCCAGCUCUAUUGAGGCACUGAUGCGUAAAAACAAGAUUAUAACAUGCAGCAGUGAAGAAGGGGAUGUAGAUAUAUCACCAAAUGGAUCACCAGCACAUGUGGACAGUUAUGCAAAUAGGUUGGCUGCAGAUAUUGUUAAUAGUGGUAAAUCACUGGUUGUUCUCAACCAAGAUUCUUUUGACAGCAAAAACAAAGGAAGCUUUAAUAAUAAAAGCACAACAAAAAGUCAGUGCAAAGCCACUGCUAGGCAAGAACUCAAAAGUGAAUCUUUAAACAAACCAGUUCUACAGCAUGGUUUAUCUUCUGCCCCUAGGAAAGUACCUCUAAUUCAGAUAGAAACAGAACAAAGAGAAGAGAUAAAGAAACUGGAUAAAGAAAAUACUAUAAACAUGACCUUACCAGAGGACAAUGAGUGUUCAAAUCAAGAUAAGGAAGUUAAUGUCUCUACUGCAAGAGUCAGAACUGUGCAGAGAAGAAGCUGGCACGAUCCUGAUAUAUCAUCACCAGAGGAAAAAACAAGGUCUGUGCUUAUUACUCCACUAAGUAGCAGUGAAGACAGUACAGGCAGUUGGUCACAUCUGGUAAAUGAGGAUGAAAACCCAGAAGACACCAGCAGUUUCCUACAACUGAGUGAGCGAUCCAUGAGUAAUAGUAACAGCAGCACCAUCAGUAGCGUAGGAGGUGUGGACCUUGAGAUAUACCAGGAAGUUAUUUCACCUGCAAUGACUGCUGAUAGAAAAGAGGAGGAAAAACAUUUGACCAAAGAAACGCAAGAAAAUCCAGAUGAGUGCACAUCUGGGUUAUCAGUGGGCACAAUCAGCUGCCAGCAGGAAGUAUCUAUCAUCAACAUUGACCUGGAGCCAGACUGCACGGAUUCUGAGCUUAGAAUUACUCUGCAGUGGAUUGCAGCAUCUGAGUUGGGAAUUCCUGCUGUCUACUUCAAGAAACUUCAGCAGCACAAAAUAAAAAAGUUCCUUGAAGUCACACGUUUAGUACAAGCAAAAUCCUGGAAAGUGGGGGAUAUUUUCAGCGCCUUGAUUCUUCACCGCAAGAUUCAGGAGCAGGGCGAAGAGAAACUUCACAGCUUUUUUGAUUGGCUGCUGGAACUUGGAUAAGGGGCAUCUGAAGCUAGCAACAUGGAAUAAUCUCUUUGUAAA